AUGUCUGCUUAUCGCGGAUACCGCAAGCCAGAUGUACUGAGUGCGGCUCAGCCUGGCCGCGACGUCGUCAUCUACGCCAAAUACAUGUUCGACCCGCGCGACUUCCAGCUUCAUCCGAAUCCUUUCAUCAUCGUCAGAAAGACCACUGGGCUUGUUAAGCUCGCGGGGACACUUAUGCCAUGUUACCGCUCCAUAGACCGUCGAUAUACCGAGCGUGAAGUCGAGGUGAUCGAUUUGGGGGAGCAGACGCUUCUGCCGGGUCUGGUGGAUGCACAUGUUCACCUUUUUCUUCGUCCACGCGCGGAGGGAGACCAUAUUUCCAGGGAUAAUGCUGCAGAGCAGACGAUCCGCGCGACGGUGCACGCACGCGAGACGCUCAUGGCCGGAUACACCUCUGUCCGCGAUCUCGGAACCGCAGGCGCAGGCGACGCUGACAUUGCCCUGCGCAGCGCACUCGCUGGACGAAAUGCGCUCCUCCCUGGACCACGAUACUUUUGUGCGACCCGCGGUAUUGCGCCCUCUGGGCUACAGAGCUCGGGGAGCCAGAGCAGGUUCAGUGUAGUGACGGGCGCAGACUUGGCUGAUGGAGUCGACGAAUGCAUCAGAGUAGUCAGGCGUCAGGUCGGCGCUGGAGCUGAUUGGAUAAUGAUCUACGCAGAGCAUCCUGUUAGUCCCCGUUGCGAAUCCUCGUCUUCUUCUCGACGUCUACCAGUCAUAGCCUUCAACCGAGACGAGUUGAGAGCGAUUAUCGAUACUGCACACGCUCUGGGAGUUAAAGUUGCCGCCCACGCCAACACGACAUCCGUCUUCAGCACUCUUGUGAGGCUCGGUGUUGACACUGUUGAGCAUGGCUGGAAUGUGGCAUCAUCCUGCUCGACUUUGAUGGGGCUUCGUGACAUGGGAAGGGAGUGUCCACCCUCGAAGCGGCUGUCGCCAGAAGAAAUGCUUGCGCUCAAGCUUCUCGAGGACCCGUCGUCACGCACUCGCUGGGUACCAGCAGUAACCGAGUGCAGCGAUGCCCUUCCCCUGUCGGACCAAAGCUCAGAAUCAAAGCCAAGUGCAUCUGAUCUGGAGAAGGCCAAAAACUCGGUUCGUAAUGCGCUCGUUCAAAAUCUGCCGUCUCGCAAGUUGGCCAUCGGCGGAAACACUGGAGUUACCCUCCCUCAUGGGUCUAACGCCCAGGGGGUUGUGCUUUUUCAUCGCUUGCUUUGCCAGGUUGACGCAGAGUCCCAACUUGGGGGACGUGGACCUCCUUGGGCGGAGGCGCUCCGCGCAGCGACGCUUGGUGGAUGGGAAGCCAUCCGUUCUAUGAGAUGGAAGGAGGGAGAGGAACCUGGGCCCAUGGAUGACGAAGGCUCAAAUGCGGAGACUGAUGAUGUGGCAUUUGGGGUAAUCGAGAUAGGCUGGGCUGCUGACAUCAUCGCGACCACCGGGGAUGUGGUGAACGAUUUGGAGGCAGCGCUUGAUCCAGCAAACAUAACGUUCGUCAUGAAAGGUGGGAGGGUCUUCAAACGAGACGGAAAAGAGACGAUGGGGGAUGAAGCCAAUUUCAGUGUCGGCACCCCGAGCGAAGACAAUUUGGAGCCCAUAGUUCCCGUCGAAGAUGAAGUCGACUGUGGGUAUGCUGUGGAUUAUUCAGGUGCGAAUGGAAACGGUAGGGAACCAUUUGCUGCAGAAGGUAGUGGCAAUACACUCACUCAAGCCCACGCGGAGCCUACGACCGCAAGAUCAACAAAUCAGCCCGGGGAAAAUGAGAGUCCCACCGGCACUCGUGAGGGGCCCGAGCCCAUCGGAGGGCAUCCUGGUGGCCAAGCCGACGCAAUGAAUAGCGUCCCGGCGCCCGUGGUUACGGGGAUAGGUGGCGAAACCGAUGAAUGCGAAGAUAUUUAA